CAGAUCCCUCCCAACAUCAUCGAUUGGAUCAAGACGCAGCACUUGUUCUGGGUCGCCACGGCCCCGCUCAGCGCAGACGGACACAUCAACAUCUCGCCUAAAGGCCUCCGGGGCACGUUCCACAUCGCGAACCCGAACCAGGUCUGGUACGAGGACAUCACAGGGAGCGGUGCGCGCACGAUCUCGCAUGUGCGCGAGAACGGCCGCAUCGUGGUCCAGUUCAACGCGUUCGACGGCCCGCCGCGCAUCGUGAGGCUCUGGGGCAAAGAAGGCACGGUACACGAGUUCGGCACGCCCGAGUUCGAGCGCUACCUCCCGGCCGAAGAGCGCCACCCAGGCGCGCGCAGCGCGAUCGUCAUCGACGUGCACAAGGUCUCCUCGGUGCAGCCGAGGCGCCCCCGAACGCUGCAGUCGUGCGGCUACGGCGUGCCGUACUACGAGUUCGCGGGUCAGCGGGAGACGCUCACGAACUGGACUGGGGGGCUCGAACGGCGCGAGCAGGAGCACGCGGCAGCGGUAGUGGUGGACGGCGACGGCGAAGCGAUGCCGUCGCACGCGGAGAAGGGGCUCAUCGCGUAUUGGUUGAAUACGAACAUGAAGAGCAUCGACGGGUUGCCGGGCAUGCAGAGCGCGCACCGGAGCGGGAAGGUGCCG